AUGGAAGCCGUACGAAAGCGUCCGCCACGCGCUAAAGCCGCCAAGAAGCCGCCGAAGCAGCAGGAGGUGGACGCAGCACCGAGUUUCAGCGAGGACGAGGAGGACGCCGCAGUGCAGGCCGCGAUCGCUGAGCUGGACGCUGAGACAACGGACCAGGAGAUCCGUCGCAACGAGGAAGACCUGAUGACCUUAUUACAGGACGGAGGAAGGGAGCAGGAGCUUCUGGUCGCUGAAGGAGCAGACUCGCAACCUCCCAACAAUGAUAAUGACAGGGAAGAGAAGGACCUCGAGGAUAAAAGUACAGAUGCAGGCGCUCCAAUCAUCUCUCCAAUACUUGAUAAUGGACACGCAGAUGCUGCUCCGUCCGCUCCAGUAUUUGAAGAAGAAGAGGAUGGGCCGGACCAGUUGCCGCUGCAGCUGACGCCUAGCGCGCCGUCUCCGCCGAUGCGGACGACGAUGCCGCGUGCUUUCCACGAGAUUUCCGUGUCUGCAACGGAGCCGUCAGCGCCUCCGAGCUGCGACGACGAGGUGGAAGUGGUGGACCCCUCGCGUACGACUCCGUCAGCGCCGUCGCUGUCGCCUACAGCGUCCAAGAAACUGCGUCGAGUCGUAGCGUCCCCGAGAAAUCCUGCGAAAUCGAAUCCGGUGGCGAGAAUGCCGACGAAAUCCGUGACGACAGCGACGGUGGAAGGAGCGACUGCAGCAGUGCGGAGCUCGUUCGCCAAGUCCCACCUGGCCGAGAAGGAGACGGGGAAACACAGCAUCUACCCGUCGAUGCCGAAGCCAGCUGAGUCGACCGAGCGAGGCGCAGAAGCAAGUUACGAGCAGCUGCUGAGGAAGAAGCAAAUCCGCGUCAAGCUGGAGCCUUUUGUCAACUACGAGAUGAACUUGAUGCGAGCGGAGGCGUCGCAGAAGCGUCAGGAGAUGAAGAUGCGGCACAUUGAGACCAACAAGGGCGAAUUGUAUGCGCGGAUAGAGCGCUACUUGUUCUCCGAGUACAUUUUACACAACGCGGCGCACACGAUGGACGAGUACAAGCAGAAGAUCGACGUGCUCGUCAAGAAAGUGUGGACUUUGGAGAAGAAGCGCGUGUCGUCAGCGAAGCGCUGUGGCGACAACGUGGAAAUCGAGCAGCAGAUGGAGUUCCAAACCGCCAGGCUGGAGACUCUGCAGCUGGAAAGACUGAAGACUCAUCUGGACAAGCUACGGCAACUGCGGACGGUGGAGGCGUCCAUCCACACGUUUGACCGGGCGAUCUCGUACUUGCACGUGGAGCAGUAUCUCAACAGUGUGUUGCAGGAGCCGACCCUCGUCGGGUUCCUGAACAAAAUGAGCUCGUCGUGUGGCGGCAGCAGCGGCAUCGACGACUUAGAUCUGGUUCCAGAAGGUGCGAAUUUCUACGAAGGGAUUCCUCAGGGCUCGUCGUUUGCGACGUCUGUGGACCACUUGAAAUACUGCUUGGACGUGCUGAUUUUCUUCGAGAAGAAGGUGACACUGGGGGAAGAAGGAGUCUUUGGACGCGUCCCACAGUCGUUCUAUCGUGGCGAGCUGAUCUGGCACAGCUCCCAUGCUAAGACGCACUACAGCGCUGCUGGGAUGGAGCGCAAGAUCAAGUGCUACGCCUGUGGCAGCUUGAAUGCGCCUAUGAAGUCGAAGCAGUGGUGCAAAUUGUGCCAGAGCUGCGAUGUGGUGCUGUACAUCCCGCCGUCUUCGGUCUCGACUAAGUCCACAGAGUGGUUCACCAGUGUGCUGCGCUUCCGCCAGUCGCUGCAGAAGUGGAUUUCGACCUGUAUGCAGAGUCUGAUGCGCACCAAGUCGCUGCAGAAUAUGCCGUAUCUCCUGAUGCACGUGAUGUAUCUACCUCGGAUCUCCACGGACGAGCGCUCGUGGUUUCUGCGCUUCCUGCAGUUCCCGCGUGCGAUGGUGCGAACGGAUGGCUCUCUACGCAGUGAAUGGAGCGAAGACCUCGUGGAUCAUUACAUUGCGAUGCUACAUCUGGUGUUCCACCCCGAGAAGCUACGGCGGAUGUCGGUCAUCGUGUCCAGCGGACCACCCAGCGGCGCUAAAGCGGCAAAGAGUGCGGAGGUCGGUGUAGCCGACAAGAAAGGCCUGGUCUCACCUGAGUGGGUGCUGCUGGAGAACCCGGAGAUGCUGGACCGGUAUUUUCUCUCCGACGAAGACUUCGUGGCAGUGCUGAAUCAGUUUCCCAACACCUUUGCAUUCGGACAGCUAUUUAGCUGCACUUCGGACGUCAAGAAGUGUUUCAGUCGAGCGUUGACUUUGGUGGUGGAGCUGACGCACAGUUUGCGAGCCUUUCAGGAGUUCGAGAAGCUGCCGACGCGGAUCGCGCAGCUCCUGGGUCAGUUGUUGUCUGACGCGGCUGAGCUCCCGGGAUCGGGUCGCCCGUCUGAUUCUUCGAGCUUAAAAGACGCGGUCUUCUAUCCGACGCUGUUUGACCAACUGUUUCUUACGAGUCUGCACGGUCUCAUGGCAGCGGAUUGCAAUCGCGUGGCCUGGAGAAGUUUGAGUUUAUUUCCUUUCGGCUCGUUGUCUGAGCUGGCCAAGUGGGACGUGCUGGCUCUGCUGCUCUUCAACCUCCACAGUCUUCCGCUGGAGGCGAAAACGGCGUCGGGGUGGAUGCAGUUUAUUGGCAAACCGACGUCUCAAGGCGUGGACACGAAGGCUUUGGCACGUCGACAUCUAUACGACUUGAUCGAGGCCGACACGGAGAGUGCCAUGCACUUGUUGAACGCGGUAGCUAGUCUGGCUGCGUCAUGCCAGUCUGGGACUGCGGGCGAGCGGCAUGACCUCGUGUCUGUGGCGGUGCACGAGUUGUUCAUGGCAGGAUACACAGUAAAGCCAUGUCAACAGGCUCUAGGCGAGAACGGCGAGCGCGCGGCAGGCCCUCUAAGCACCAUCUGCUUGGCCCACCCGUGGGUCCUCUCGCUGCUGAUCACGCUGCUUUUCAAGUUUCACGAGUGCGCUGCCACGUGGAUUCACAUCUUUGAGACGUUCCCGAUCAAUCGCUGGAUGCCCACGCCCCAGGACUUGUUGAACUUACAGGAAUGGCUGCUGCUUGAGGACACUACCGCUCCUCGUAGUGCGCUUGCUCGCUUCCUGUUGGACCACAUCAAUUGGGAGUAUGACGUCAAGUUGCAGCGCUUGUUCACAGAUGCAAUGCUGCAUCGGCAGGUAGCGCUCAUGGUCGCGGAAGCUCUGGUGCUGUACAAGACGAGGAAAGAGCGGGCAAGUGAUCCCGAGUCCGCGAUCGUGCUGUCUGGCGGUGGCUCUCCACAGAAACUCGAAGUGACGUCAAUUGCCAAGUCGAUUCGUCGUGCGUUGUGGCUGGAGGAGACGGUGGAUUUCGAAAAGUGGUGCUGGAAACUGAUGCUCAAGUUGAGGUUUUACUCCCCGAAGACCCACGAGCCGUUGCUGCCACUGAUCGACCUUCGUCAUGAUCGCUCCAGGGAAGCGUUGACUUUGCGUCGAUGGUUUGCUGGGGCCUCCGUGUUGCGGGUGCUUUCUUCUCGGAAAGUCUUCCCGUUCUAUACGUCGCUGGAGGAGCACGUGGCGCACUACGGAGUCGGCGACAGUGAGCGACGUAGGACAGCAGAUCCAGCGAUGGAUGGCAGCACUGGCGCUCCUAUUCAGCAGGAAGCACGCCUCCUUUUGACGCCUCAGAACCCCAGAGGAAUGGACAUUGAGUCCACCGUUUCAGCCACGGCAGCGCCACGCACAGAGCCCAUUGUGGCCUAUGUGGUCUGCCAGAUGACGACGUUUGUGUUCAGUGACCGUCUCGAUCGCUGGGAGCCUCUUCUGGUAUUGCUCAAGAGCGAGUUCUUCCCCGCUGCGGUCAAGGUGCUGGAGAACUUCUUCCCGAUCUUGUCUCGACUCGACAAACUGAAAGACUGCCCAGCAGAAAGCGAGAGUGAGUCCAAGACGGCGACGUCGAACAGCGAGGACGAUGCGGAGGCGACGUCAUCCUCGGACGAGGUGGAAGCUGAAGAAGACGGCGAUUUGGUUGCGGACUUGGACAACGAGCUGGAGGCGUGUAUGGCAGCGAUGCAAGCUCUCUCUACCGACGAGCUGCUGAGUCUGCUGGGCUCUUUGCACGAGUUCUCGUACAUCAACACAGACGAGCUUCAUCGCAUGCAGGAAGUGCUGAACAAAGGCUACAUCGGCGGGUGGGAGAGCACGGCGAAGGAGCGGAUCCUGGCGAAGCUUCGCUUUGUGCGUGAGUGCAGUCGCUACUUGCACCCUGUGGUGCUGCCUGCUCUCAUCAACGAGUGCUUUCCUCAGUCGAGUCCCGUAUCGGUCACGACGUCUGCGUUGUUUCACGGUGCCAUGUCGUGGAUCUCGUCGGCGUUGGGUGGAGAAAACAGCACAGGAGCGUUGUCACCGUCAGCUGCGUCAUCGACGAGUGCAGCGUUAUCGAUCCGGAACUCUUCGCUGACUGCCACGACAGCGUCUCUAGCGAUGAUUUCCGGCACUGAGUACUCCACGUCGACGAAAGCGUUGUGUGCGCUGAUCCGACGCUCCUUCGAGUACUCUGUGGACGACUCGACGCUCACGCAGGCGAUGACGUUCUGGGUGAAGGCGCUGCUGCAAGUUCCGUUCUGGUACGAGAAUGCUGCCUUCCGACAUGUCUUGGACGUCAUGUUGCACUGCAGCAUGGAGAACUCGUAUGAAUCUUCUCUGGUGAAGAAUAAGACGAGGAGUAGAGAUACGUCCGACGUGUUGUACGAGCUGGUGGCUCUGAUUGAAGCUGCGUUCGACUCUUACUGUCAGCGGAUUGCACGGAGAGAAGAAGACGCAGGACAGCCAGAGCAGCAGUUCCUCGAGAAUGAGCCUGUGAUUGUCAUGAGUUUCCUCCCAGCGGCAGCGGCGUCAGCGACGUUUGCGUCGAUUUUUGGAGGUUCGUUCGACGUGGCGCAGUACGUCAGUGGGUGUCCGUCUCUGGCGCUGUGGAGCUUGCUGAUUGAAACGCGCAAAGAAGUGCCGCUGUUCCUCGCGAUGGGCCAACUGAUGAUCAGGUACGAGCCUAAGACGAUGAAGAAGCUGGAGAAGAUGAAGACGACGGAAGGUAGACUUGGUGCUGCACUCAGUGCAGUGCGAGAAGGGAAGAGUGUGGACGACCAAGCGGAGGAGACGAUCUAUGACGCGUCUUCAAGCUCUUCGCGUUUCGGGAACCCGCUGACGUUUGGCCACACGAGUCUGGAUUCCUUGUCGCAGUACAAGAUCUAUCGCUGGUGCAACUACUGUCUGGAUCUACCAGAGUCGGAGCCCACUCAAAUCAUCUACUGGCAGGUGUUCUUCGCGCUGUACUUUGCCACUGCUGGCGGAUCACACGUCUUUGGCCACCACUUCCUCGAUCGUACAGGGCGUAGGCCCAAGCGUGUGCAUUUGAGGAAACAUCUGCAAGGUAAACUACGAAAACUCGUCAACUACUGCUCCACGCAAGCCCAAGUGGUGCUCACUGCCACGAGUGGCUCCGGUAAUGGCGCUUCGAGUGGUGUGGGCUCAGCUGUGGAGCUGAAGGAGCGGAAAUAUGCUCAUUACGUGGCUCUCUCACAGCUGUACACGGCUAUGGAUGCGUGGAUGGAGGAAAAGGACCCGAACCAGUGGCUGAAGGAGCAGGAACUGUCGGGCUUACCGCGUCAUUACGAGGUGGAGCGACUUAAAGACGUCUUGCGGCUCAGUGAUGCGUUGCUAAACUCUCCUUGCGAUCAAAUGAACUGGCCGGACCUGCCGCUGUGGACGAAUUGGUGUGGCUUCGAGUUUACUCUGAGGCGGACGACUCCAAAGGUGAAUGUGGGCGACGAUAUUGAUGGCAGUAGGGACACUGUGACGCCUUCGCUGUCAACCCCACUAGCUUCAGUUGGCGAAGAAGACGACUUUGCGUUUGUGGAAGAAGCUGCGGAACUAGCACGACGACACAGCAGCUUUGGAGGGCUGGCGGGGCUGAACAGCCUCACUAUCCGCCCCCUACCUUUACUGCCGGAGCUGUGCGGACCCUCAAGCUUAACGCCACUUCCGACAGUGUCCGUUGUCAUGUCGAAGGAUCGGUGCGUCAUCACCCCGUCCAUCCCGCUGAACAAGGCAGGCUUGAAGGCGGUGGCGAUGAAAUUCUCGGAGAACUUGUCGGUUCUGGUGGCGCUGGACUCUGAAAUGGUGGAUAGCGUCUCUCAGCUUUACGUCAGCAAGGCGAGGACUGUGACGCAGAGUUUGCCGUGUCCUGAGGGAGCGAACUGCAGCUGCCCGGCGGCGUUCAAGUUUGAGUUUCUGGAGUGGAUGAUGGAUUCGAGAAUGGACGACACAGUCCAGUCGAUCCGCGCACAGGGCGAACGCUGCGAUAUGCCGUCGAUGCUGGUGACGAAUGUGGUGCCUUCAAUACGUGAGCACGAGGGCAGUGCGGUCUCCGUAACCUCGUGCGCAGCAGAGCACUUUCUACAGCUCGAUGGGGACGGCUUCAUGCUGUCACUUCAGAUUCUGCUGGUUGAUCAGGUUGUGCGAUCAUUGGGGAUUGAGCACGAGAAGCUUCAGCGCUUGAAGAAAGCACAGGAGAGUGAACUGCCGUUGGAUAUGCCGAAGAUCGAGGAGACAGUGGAGGGCAGCAAGGAGGCAGAGGAGGAGGCUGUGGAGAGUGUAGAACUCACGCCUAUCCAGAGGACGGAACAGGAGAUGGAGCGCUUGCACAGCAAGGGACUCGAGUGGUUCCGUCUACUCACUGAACUGGACACUAAGCUGUCACGCAUGGUGCCUCCGCUACGAGAAGCGCUUUGGCGAUCCAUUAAGCAGCUGGGAAUGAGCUUUGUGUGUAUCGACGAGCGAGAGACGUGCACUCUGCUCCAACUCAUGCUCGAAGACCCGUCUCGGAUAAACUUGCUGAGCGAGUGUUUCUCUCCGGCUGCCGCUCCCUCUCGUUUUGUCGAGAUGUUUGCCAAGCUGAUGAGUGCAAGCAGUUCCUCGAAGCUCUCGAGUGAAGAGAAGCUCACUCUGCUGCGUCGAUUUGAUUUCCAAGCGUGGCUGCAGACGAAGAGUCCACUGACACCCACGAAGUUUGACCGCGACACCGUCUUGUGCAUAAUUCUAGGCGAUAUAAGUCGCCAGUUUCCAGCAGACCGCAGCGUGGUGGAUACUGGUAGAAAAACCAAGGACACGACGGCUUCCAAGCAUUUGGACGAAGUGCUGCGUGUGUACGCGAAGGUUCUGCAGCUGAUCUGCUCGGCGCAUCUGGAAGACCAUGUGGAGAAGGUGGUGCACGCUUUGGUUGGCGUCCACGACGACUAUCGGUUCCAGACGUCAAGUGUGGGUAAUGCAGAGCAGGCUGGGGGUAGUGAGGAAUCCAGUGCUAUAGGACUGACGACGUUGCCACGUCCAGUGGACGCUGUGGUUUGGGAAGCGUUGGUGGGGAUUCCGUUGGCUGCCUGGAAGGAACUGCCGGUUAUGGAGGUCGAGACUUGCGUGUCAUUUCUGAGCCAGCACAUGACGUCGCUGCGAUGGCAAGGCGGCAUGUCCUCUGGCAGUAACGGCACAACUGGAGGUGAGCUGCUAAGAGGAAAAGAGACGUCCAGUGCGUCAAUCAACUACCCGAUCGUGUACUGGCAGCGUCUUGGCGUCCUCAAGAGUUUCCUGGACGUGUUCACGCUGUGCUGUCGUGUGGCUCCAGAGCGGCAGCAGUGGAAUUUGAUCACUGCGUUCUUUGAGCCGCUGCUCUCGACGCUGUACCAGCCAGCUACGAACACCGAAGGCUCAGCGAUCAGUGCGCCGUGGUCGGAGCAAGACACGCUGUCGACUGGGACAACCAUCUGCUCGUGCUUUGUCGCUACGUGCUCCGAGUACCUCAAGCCUCGCGCGAUGGCGUCAAGCAGCAGCGAUACGGAGCUGACGCAAACGGCGAAGCUGUCGCAGAUCUGGUCGUUCUACCUGACGGUGCUGGUUCCUCACGCUCCGACUCACAUCUGCAAGCAUUUCCACCAGUUCGUGACGCGGUUGGCGUGGGAGCACUGGUGCCUGACGCUGGAGAUCGUGCAGCAGAUGCGGGAACUCGUUCAGACGGAGAAGCAGCAGCUCACUGGAGCUGCAAGUGGUGCUAGCGACCGACUGGUUCCCCUGCUGCACUCGACUUUGUCUCCGUAUCCGUUUGUGUCGUGGCUCGUGCGUGACGUGCUGUGUCGUACAACGUGGAAGGCUACGGACGCGUGGUUGGAAGCGCAGAGCGAGUCUGUGUGCUCCUCGUUCUUGCUAGAGUUCGCCAAGCUGUGCGUCGAGUUGGUGCUGGACAUGCCUCACUUCCAAGUCAAGUCUGGCCACGCGGCGUCGACGAAUGUUCUGCCUCCGUACUUUGUCAACUUCAUCAAGCAGCAGUCCGCGUUCUGGGCCAAGUGGAAGAUGACGAUGGCGGACUUGGAGACGCUGCAGCGCUUCACGUUGGGCGCGUUGAAGGAGCCUCUGGCAAGUCGAGCGAGAAGCAGCACAGCUGUCGUGUCGACUGGGCCUUUCCCAGCGACACCAGGCGCUGCGAUGAUGCAGGAUGCGUUCACGAGACUUCAGUUGGUCCUUCGCUUGUGCGGCCAGAUCACGACCCUGCACCACGACAAGCUGCCCAAGCCCGAGAGUCUGCAGCAAGUCGAUCUCGUGUUGAAGCUGCUCUUGGGCGUGUUCGAAGUGAGCGAUCGUGGCGGUCUCGAUGGGAAUCGCUACACUUCGGAGCACGCCGCAUGGCUCAUGGUUUUGUACGGAGCGAGCUGCACGGCGCUGUAUGAGAAGCUGGACGAGAUCGUGCACUUCUACAAGCCCGAGCACGGCAAAGACAGCGGCGGUGACGGCGUUGAUGUGGCGAGGGAAGGAGUGUCGGAAGAAGACUUGACAGGGACGGUCGAAGCAGUGCUGCGCUUCUGCAAUCUGUCGUUGGUGGAGCCUUUCUUCAGGCAGAUGCAGAGCAGUCCAACGUCAGGCAGUGGAGGCGGUGCGAGCGCUUCGUCUUCGUCGGGCAGUGGCGCGUUGAACUGGAACAAGUGCGGCAACGUGGUGUUCGUGGAGAUCGACGCUCUGGUGCGCGACUUUGCGUCGAGUCAGAAGGCGCGGCAGCAGCAGAGCAGUCAGAGCCAUCAGGUCUGCUCGGACCAGGAGGAGAGCUCGAGUGAUAUGACGGUGCGUGCUGCUCAGUCUCCAGCUGAGGCGAUCGGCUCUCCUCUUGGGAAGGUGCUGUGGAGCUUCCUGGCCUUCCGAGGUGGAGAGCUAGCGUGCUUAGCUGCGUGUGGACGUGCGUUGGCUUCUGUGCACGUGAUGAGUCAGGUAGCGGAGAAGAGCAUCGAGAAGUGGAUCAUCGAGGAACGGAAGGGCGUGUGGGACGCGUUGGCGCUGCGACUGCAAGUGCCAGAGCUCAGUGGGGACGAGUUCGAGGCCGCAUGUCUGGAGCAAGGCAAGCUGUUGACUAUGCAGGUUCUCUUCCUACAGCAGCUACGUCGUGCUCCGGUAUUGACCGAGUCGUUGAGUCUGGCGCUGCUGACGAAGCUCUUGAACUGGCUGCAGCGCGCUCGGUGCGGAAGGAGUGCUCUGGCGCAGAUGAAGCUGCUGUUCCUGGCGGCCGAAGUGACGAACUUUGUGUGUAAACCGCUGGCGGAGGUGCUGCCGUCGACGCUGAAGAAGCAGAUGCUGCGUCAACUGUGCGAUCUGCUACUGGAACUGGGCCACGCACGGCGCAACAACGGCAUUAUGAAGGCCAUCGGUCUCGGUGGCUCGCUGCAGUAUGGCGUCGAGUUCCACGUCUCGUGCUUGGCAGCGGGUGUGUUUCUACGUCUGCAGACGCGGAACGGGGCGCCGUUACGAGUGGAUGAUCGGAUCCCGUUCAAGAUGACUCGCACGACCGAGAAACACUUGAAGUCUCUGGAGACGAUGCUGCAGAGUAAAGACGCUUUCCAGUUGGGGCGAAGAGCGGACGCGUUGGUGGACUUUGCUCGAGAUCCGCGUCGAAGUCUCGCAGACCAAGACGAGUUCUUUGUGACGCUGUUCUCGAGCAUGUAUCCAGCUCAGGGGUGGCUAUUAGCUAAGUGUCUGCCUCAUUAAAAAGAGUAAUAGAAAAAAGGUAGCGUAGUCGAGCG